AUGAGAAAGGUUUGUGACACUCUGCUAGAGAUUGAAGGUUUCACUCAUCAAGAUAGCAAAGAAUUUAUUCACAAAUAUUUUGUCGGCAAGGAAGAUUUGGCCGGAAAGCUCUUGGAUAAAAUACAGAAUGAGGAAAGGCUCAGAGAGAUGGCGGCAAACCCUUUAAACACUGCACUGCUUUGCCUUCUUUGUGAAGACUUUCAAGGUAUUUUACCUGAAAUCAGAACUCAGUUGUACUUGGAAAUAGUACAAUGUGUUCUUAUGAGAUACAGGAAAAAGAAAGGUAUACCGGUCGAAAAUGAGAAUCUGAUUGAAAUCUACAAAGAUGAGUUGAAACUCCUUGGCUUAAUAGCUUUAAAAGGCCUGUAUGAAGACAACAUGUACUUUGAGGGCAAAAAGCUUGCCGACUUACCUGGAUUUGGGUUUCUAUCAGCUCAACCUGGAAGCAGCAAACGAAGACCGUGUAUGUGCUACGGCUUUACGCAUAAGAGUUUUCAAGAAUUCUUCGCGGCACAUUAUCUUUGUUGCCAACUUGUUAACAAAGAAACCAGUCCUGAAAUAUUGGUGACCGACACAAGAUAUUUCGGAGAGCUGAGAGAGGUAUUGAAAUUUACCUGUGGUCUCCUAGCAGUAAGAUCCAAAGAAAUUGCAAUAGCUCUUGUCAUCAGUAUAGCGAAUAAAUUAAAGAACGAAUACGCGAAAAAAUAUUUUCCUGUUGCAGUGGAUUGCAUUAAAGAAACCAAAAUUGAAAGCAGUAAUUUUUACAUGGAACUGGCCCGUACCUUUGGCGCAUGUCUGGCACUUCAACAGGGUGAGAUCAUACAUGGAGGUAUAGAUGACGCUGCUGCUGCUGUGAUUGCUGCCGUGCUUGAAGCAAACACAACUCUGACGAAUUUGGUUUUGAAUAGUAAUAAACUUGGUCCUGCCGGUGCUGAGUCACUUGCUACAGCGCUAAAAACAAACACAACUCUGACAAAUUUGGUUUUGAUUAAUAAUAAACUUGGUCCUGCCUGUGCGGAGUCACUUGCUACAGCGCUAAAAACAAACACAACUCUGACAAAUUUGGAUUUGUCCCACAAUAACCUUGGUCCUGUUGGUGCUGAGACACUUGCUACAGCGCUUAAAACAAACACAACUCUGACAAAUUUGGAUUUGUUUCUCAAUAACCUUGGUCCUGCAGGUGCGGAGUCAGUUGCUACAGCGCUAAAAUUAAACACAACUCUGACAAAUUUGGAUUUGCGUGGCAAUAACGUUGAUCCUGCCGGUGCGGAGUCACUUGCUACAGCGCUAAAAACAAACACAACUCUGACAAAUUUGGAUUUGUCUCAAAACAACCUUGGUCCUGUUGGUGCUGAGACACUUGCUACAGCGCUAAAAACAAACACAACUCUGACAAAUUUGGAUUUGUCUCACAAUAACGUUGGUCUUGCAGGUGCGGAGUCACUUGCUACAGCGCUAAAAACAAACACAACUCUGACAAGUUUGGAUUUGUCCGAAAAUAACCUUGGUCCUGUUGGUGCUAAGACACUUGCUACAGCGCUAAAAACAAACACAACUCUGACAAAUUUGGAUUUGUCCGAAAAUAACCUUGGUCCUGUUGGUGCUGAGACACUUGCUACAGCGCUAAAAACAAACACAACUCUGACAAAUUUGGAAUUGUCUCACAAUAACGUUGGUCCUGCCGGUGCGGAGUCACUUGCUACAGCGCUAAAAACAAACACAACUCUGACAAAUUUGGAAUUGUCUCACAAUAACGUUAGUCCUGCCGGUGCGGAGUCACUUGCUACAGCGCUAAAAACAAACACAACUCUGACAAAUUUGAAAUUUGCGUUUUAA